AUGGAGUCUGUCGCUACUUCAAAGUCGUGUUUGACUGCGGUCGUCCCCGAACCAAGCACAUCGCCUGUCUCGAUUUUGCAUAAAACUAAAGCGUUAAAUAAAAAUAACAUGGCGUUAAAUAAUGACAUUCUCGCUCAAACUAACAAUCCUAAUUCAGCAGGCACCGCUGAAUGUGAACGUCGCAAAUCAGUUCGAUUCAGCCGAUUCGAAAAAGUGUACUACACACAUUCACCAAUUACUUAUGACCGAUCUCCGAUCCAUCUGGGACACUUGGGACAACAGCAUCAAACCCAUGUUCCGAUAAUAGGAAAUUAA